AUGUCUUAUCAUCGAGGGGCAUCGUCCGACGCCGCACCUUCCGACGAUGUCGAACCCGGUAUCAAGGUUGAGGCAGAGGAUGAAAAGACUCAGGAUGCCGGCCAGCCCGAAUUGGAGGUUGACGACCCUGACAUCGUUGAUUGGGAUGGACCCGAUGAUCCCCAGAACCCGCGAAACUGGGCGGGCCCGGCCAAGCUGGCCCAUGUCGUCCUGGUCAGCGCUUUCACGCUGUACUCCAACCUGGCAGCGGUGAUGUUUGCGCCCAGCGCCCUGAAUCUUGUUGCUGAAUUCGCCAUCACCGACACCGUCGUCGCCUCGCUCACCGUCAGCAUUUAUCUCCUUGGAUUCGCGAUCGGGCCGCUUCUCAUCUCGUCCCUGUCGGAAACAUACGGCCGACUUGUCAUCUACCACCUCUGCAACGUCUUUUAUCUCGGCUUUACGGUUGGCUGUGCCUUGAGCAAUGGGACUGCCAUGUUUCUGGUCUUCCGCUUCCUGUGCGGCUGUGCUGCCUCCUCUCCGAUGUCCAUCGGCGGCGGGACUAUUGCAGACUUGUACAAAGCCGAGGAAAGGGGCAAGGCCAUGGCCCUGUUUGGGCUAGGGCCUCUGGUCGGUCCGGUGGUUGGCCCCGCUAUCGGAGGCUUCGUUUCUCAAAGUCUCAGCUGGCGCUGGACGUUCUGGGUGAUUCUGAUCUUCGCAGGGCUUGUCUCGGCUAUUGCCCUUAUGGUUAUGCGUGAGACUUACGAGCCUGUCCUUCUGCAAUGCAAGGCAACCGAGAUGCGUGAAGCGACCGGGAACACCAGACUUCGAGCGCGCACUGCCGAUAAGGACCUCCCUCCACGAGAGGUUCUUCGCCGUGCCGUCAUCCGCCCAACCAAGAUGCUCAUUUUCUCGCCCAUCAUUCUCUUGCUCUCGACAUACUGCGCGUUCAUGUUCGGCCUCAUCUACCUCCUCUUCACCACCUUUCCCGGCGUCUUUGGCGAGACCUACGGAUUUGGUCCGGGCAUCUCAGGGCUGGUUUAUCUCGGCCUCGGGGUGGGCAUGAUUCUGAGCAUCGGGCUGUUUGGCAAGCUCAGCGAUAAGCUGCUCCACCAGCCCAGGGGCGGAAGAGUGGCACGGCCGGAACUUCGUCUCGUCCUCAUGAUGUGGUCAUGCCCCCUGGUCCCCGUUGGAUUUUUCUGGUAUGGCUGGAGUGCCGAGUCCCACACGCACUGGAUCGUCCCCAUCCUCGGCACCUCCCUGAUCGGCCUGACCGCAUUCAUGCUGCUGAUGCCCGCGCAGCUCUACCUGGUGGACGCGUUUGGCACAGAGGGGGCCGCCUCUGCUCUUGCCGCCAACACGGUUCUCAGAAGCUUGUUUGGCGCUCUGCUGCCUCUUGCCGGGCCGCCGCUGUACUCUGCUCUCGGACUGGGCUGGGGUAACAGUUUGUUGGCCUUCAUUGCUUUGGCGUUUGUGCCCAUUCCUUGGCUUUUCUUCAAGUUCGGUGAGCGUCUCAGGGCGCGAUUUCCGGUCACCUAUUAA